AUGAAGCCAAGAAAUAUAAACAAUUUGUUAGCCAUUUGGUGCAUCAUAUUUUCCAUCUGUGAGUAUGGCUACGUAAGGAGCCUCCGCGUAGGGUUUCGCAGAAACUACAGUCAGAUCCACAAUCCUGAUCAGCAUGGGGAAAGCGAAGCAGACUUUCGAAGAAGUGGACAGUUAAGGGAUUUGGGAAAAAACGCAAACAUUUUAUCUAAUAAUAUUUCUUACAAUAGCAAAAACGAGGUUUCAUUUCUUAGUCAGAAAAAAAAACUUGAAGAUGAUGACGAUGACGAGUUGGGGGCCCUCUACGACGACGAUGAUGAUGAUGCGUCUACCACUACGGGAGGCGGCUCUGCGACGAGUGACGACGACGAUCUGGAGCUUCCCGACCAGGACGAGGGGGCAGACGAAGGAGAGGCCGAGAAUCAGCUAACCACCGAGGACGACGCAGAGAGUAGCGGGACAGACAAAGGAUUCAAAAAGAAGGUCAAACUGAGCAGACAGGAAAAACUCAUAGAAGAUAAAAAAGAACAGACGGAUAAUACCUUUAAGAAGUACCGCUUCAACGAUGACGAAGAGUCCAAAAAAAAAUCCUCAAGAAAAAGUAAAUCCGUGAACCCGAGCUCCUCAGACAUGGAUAAUGACGAUAAUGAUGAUAAUGACGAUGGUGGCCAUAGUGACAAGGGCGACCGUGAUGAUGACGAGGAAGAUAAAACGCAAUCCAACACUAGGAACGCUAUGAAGAAGGACUUGGACGUCUUUCCAGGGUUAUACUUUGCAGGCAUCGGGUAUGACUCCCUAUUUGGAAACCCCUUGGGGGAAGCGGACUCUUUGACGGACCCCGGUUAUAGGGGGCAGAUUAUACUGUUGAACUGGGAGCUUAGCAACAAAGGAGUUGCGAACGACUUGGCUACUUUGCAACCCUUGAAUGGAUGGAUUCGAAAGGAAAACGCCUGCAGUAGAGCAGAAUCGAUAAAAGAGUGCAGCAGCGUUUCGGAAUACACGAAAAACCUGACGGCAGAGGCGAGCGUGUCGGGUAGCUACAUGGGAUUCGGGGCCUUCUCGGCCUCCACCGGGUAUAAGAAGUUCCUCCAGGAAACGUCCAAGCGGACCAGCAAAACGUAUUUGAUCAAAUCCAACUGCGUGAAGUACACGGUUGGCUUGCCUCCCUACGUGCAAUGGUGAAUGAAAAAGGACGGAGUCAGCGUGAAGGCGCAAGUAAAGGCUCAGUUUGGCUUUGCCAGCGUAGGAGGGUCGACAAACGUCAGUUCUGAUAACUCCUCCAAAGCGAACGAAGAUAAUUAUGAGAUGAGCGAACAGCUAGUUGUAAUUGGAGGAAACCCAAUCAAGGAUGUCACGAAGGAAGAGAAUUUGUACGAAUGGUCCAAAACUGUAUCAAAACACCCGAUGCCAAUAAAUAUAAAGCUACUACCAAUUUCUACCAUUUUUGAAAGCGACGAUUUGAAGAACUCCUACGAGAAGGCGCUCAUUUACUACACCAGGCUAUAUGGCUUUUCCCCUCACGACACGAUGCAGAAGGACGAGAAGGACAUAGUUAAAAUUCUGACCGCUUCGACGACAGUCACCAAGAGUGGCUCACCCCCCAUAAGCGCGGAAUGCCCACAUAACACGGUCGUCUUAUUUGGCUUUGUAGUCAGGCAGAACUUUUGGGACCAUACGAACAAAUUGAAGUCAUACGAAAUGGAGAUCUGUGAAUCUGGCAUGAGUACCUGCACGUCGAAACAGGGAAGUUCAAACAAGUAUGAUGUGUCCUAUGCUUACAUCGAAUGUGGUACCCAAGCUUUACCGUUCAUCGAGCAGGUGGUCAGCGUAAGUGGCACCACUUACAAUUCCUUGAAAUGUCCAAAUGAUUACUCUAUUUUGUUUGGGUUUGGAAUGGCUACUUCUUCUGGCAAGCACCAAUCGGCUCUCUACUCGUAUUUCACGCCCUGCCGACCAGGCAUGAAAAGCUGCUCCCUAAACAUGAACAAUCAAGAUGACAAGAGCUACAUAUAUCUGGUCUGUGUAGACGCAACCAUAUGGACUGGCUUGAACAACCUGUCGCUAAUCACCAAGGAUGAUUUACACACCCCUGUUAACAAGUAUAAGCAAUUUAAUGAUGGUGAAUUAGUCGUUACAUGUCCUUCGGAAGGAACCAUAUUGACGGGAUUUUAUGGUGAGACGCAUACGUCCAGUCCUUAUGUGCCUGCGCCCUUUGGCAAAUGUGACAAGAGUUUAAAGGCCUGUUCAGUGCAUGGGUGUGGCCAAGCAAUCGGCCUUCACAACUACAGGACAUUGUUCGGCGUGGUGCUGUGCAAGAAUAACUAG